AUGGCGAACCCUGGGAGUUGGAGCGGAGGAUCAGGAAGGGGUCCGGUGGUGGAUUCCAGGAGUGGCGUUGCAAAAUUCGAGGAGAAUUUGGCGAACUUCAAGGCGAUCACCGGCCUCGACGACCCCGAAUUAUCCAUCGGUAAUUGGGACCUCGAGGUGGCAAUCUCCUCCUCCGCUUCCCCUCCGCUCUCGUCCCCUGCCAAGAUCGCCGCUAGAUUGAUUUCUGCGGCUGAAAACUGCUCCGCAGCUUCCGUGGUCUCAAUCCGAAGCAGGAUCUUGUCGAAGCGCAUGUUGUCUAUGGUGGUACAGGCCUCAUCACCGGCGCACUGGGACUUGGCGCCAGGGUCGCCGGCGGCGUCACCUCCAGCACUAUUGUGCUUCUCAGGCUGGCGCCUCCGAGCAGACCAGACGGUGGUGCGUCCUCUCCGAUUCCCCCUGGGUUGAUUCCCAUCCUGAGAAGUUUAUGGGAUCUCAAAUCUGACAAGAAACGGAAGCUCUUUAAAAAUUUUGUUAUGGUGCACCAGUAUUCCUUACAAUGGCAUACUCAGGAAGUUAGUACACCGUGA